AUGGGUGCACUUCAAAUCUGGAGUAUUCUAGUUAUACUAUAUCAAACAAUAAUAUCUGUCCUAAUCAGCUGGUGGACUCUCGACUGUAGCUUUACGCCUGAUAGCUCAGAACUUCAUGAGGUCACAUUAAUGAAACUUCUCUAUCUAUAUGACCCGGAGGCUUGCGGCAGGAUAUACUUUUACAACAUAUCAAUCAGCCACGACUAUGAAUUCUAUUCGACUGUCAUUUGGCCAAUUAAAAACGAAGUCGCUUCCAGUUUUAGAAGGAAAAUUCGUUUAUGGCUCAGCAUUCACGUGGUCUGGUUGCUUCUGGGUAUUGUCAACGUGACCCACGGUCAAAGAUCCUGUGGCUUCUACGCUGUGUUACUACCAUUCACACUGACGGGCGUCACUUCUCUUGUGGUCGACUUAAUAUUCAUGAGUAUUUUCUUAAGCGACAUCGAAGUAACUAGAACUGAAAUUGCAAUACUCCAGUACAUUUCUGAGCCUGGAAGCUUUUACUGGAUCAACAAACCGUUUCCCUGGAACUAUGCUUUGGGAAGAGAUGAAGACACGUCUUGGAUCUCUCUUCUGUUCGCAUACAUCAGUUGCAGAGGAAUCGUUCAGUGGUUCAUUAAUUUCUGGCUUGUGAAGGAUAACUAUACUGCUGGUAUCGCCGCUUACCAUCGUAUCCAAAAAGAAAAAUCAAGCGCAAUGACAAAAGUUUAAAGGAUAGGUUUUGCUGAUGAAUACAAUUUGCACUAAUAGAAGAAAACUCAGGACGCGUGUAUACUUAUAAUCUAAAUUAAAAGACACUAAGUUAUAUAAGAAUAUUAUAUACUACAACCACCUAAACGAC